GCGCUGUGGCGCACCGUAUGGCACAUUUAAAGCGACAUUACAAGGCUGUUCAGUUCUGGUUAUAGAAACGAGCUCCAGAUAGCAACAAAAGCCUUAUUCCUGAAACAUGACGCCGACUGUAAAGAAGUCCUCCUCUCAGAACGGUUUCGAAGGAGAUUAUCGGGGCCAUGAAGCUGGUAUCAACGCCGAGGACGAACCUCUUCUCCGGGAGAAUCCCAGGCGGUUUGUCGUGUUUCCCAUCCAGUAUCCGGAUAUCUGGAAGAUGUACAAACAGGCACAGGCCUCUUUCUGGACGGUAGAGGAGGUUGACCUCUCCCAUGACUUGGUGGACUGGGGCCAUUUGAAGCCUGAUGAGAAACAUUUUAUCUCACAUGUCUUAGCCUUUUUUGCCGCCAGUGAUGGUAUUGUCAAUGAGAACCUGGUGCAGAGGUUCAGCCAGGAAGUGCAGCUUCCAGAAGCACGCUCCUUCUACAGCUUCCAGAUCCUCAUAGAGACGGUUCACUCAGAGAUGUACAGCAUGCUUAUCAACACCUACAUAAAGGAUCCUAAAGAGAGGGACCACUUGUUCAACGCUAUUCAGACCAUGCCUUGUGUGCAAAGAAAGGCGGAUUGGGCCCUCCAAUGGAUAAAUGACGACCAGUCCACCUUUGGGGAGCGACUGGUGGCUUUUGCAGCUGUAGAGGGGAUCUUCUUCUCAGGCUCAUUUGCUGCCAUCUACUGGCUAAAGAAGAGAGGCCUCAUGCCCGGCCUUACCUUCUCCAAUGAACUCAUCAGCAGGGAUGAAGGUCUGCACUGUAACUUUGCCUGCCUGCUGUACAGCUACCUGGUAAAAAAGCCUUCAGAGGAGAGAGUCAAAGAUAUUAUUGGCAAAGCUGUUUGCAUUGAGCAGGAGUUUUUGACGGAUGCCUUACCGGUUGAUCUUAUUGGCAUAAACUGCUGUCUCAUGAAGCAGUACAUCGAGUUUGUUGCCGACCGGCUGCUUAUUGAUCUCGGAUUGGCUAAGGUUUACAAUGUGGAAAAUCCUUUUGACUUCAUGGAGUCCAUUUCUCUAGAGGGAAAAACAAAUUUCUUUGAGAAAAAAGUAGCCGAGUACCAAAGAUUUGGAGUGAUGUCUAGCAUGGACUGUGAAUUCACUCUGGACGCAGACUUCUGAGGCCACGAGGACGGCAUCUUUACAGUCAUCGUUUGAAAAAAACAGCAGCUCCCUGGAUACAUCUAGAAGUUUUCUUUAUCUAAACAUUAAAAACAGAUUUUCUUUGAUAGAUUUUAAACUGGGUGAAUUUUAGCUAAGAUUAAUACCAAAUUAUAUAUUAUAAAUAUUAUGCUAAAGUAAAAGGGAUUUUCUUGUGGUUGAUUGAAGGUUAUAUCUUUUUUUUAUAUCUUCUUUAGGUAAUGAAUUGUUUCAGGUUUAAGCUGAUUUGUUGAACCUUAAAAUCAAAUGGUGCUCUUACUUUUCUUUAUGAGGUAUUGUUACAUUUGAUCUUUUUAUUUAUUUAUGGAAAAUUUAACGUUGAGUAAAACUUGCCAAACCA